GGGCCAGGUCUGCAUCGACUCGGGGCUCAUGCUGGUGGCCUUCAGCUUCCAUCACCUUGGCCAGGGCAAGCGCGCGAUCACGCUCCCGGCGUCGUGCCCCACGGUCAAGUGGUGCCUCAACUGCCUGGACGUGCCGUCCACCACCAAGACCCAAAUCCGAGCCCUCGCUCGCCAGCGCUGGGUUGGCGACAUGGCCGCGGCCGGCAUCAAGGCCCGGGCCUGCAAGGCCGACUGCCACGAGGCCCGCUUGGCGCUGGCCACGCGCCUGGCCGCUCACCAGAACAAGCUCCUGCUCAGCCUCCACGGCAGCCUGGUCCUGGCGGAGUUCGAUCACCCCCUACACAGCCUCCACCCGGACCUGCCCGACGGCCCGGCCAAGACAACGCUCCUCAAGAACAAGCUCUGCCCGGAGGCCCACCUCGAGCCAACCACCACCCCGGGCCAAUUCCUCCUGGCCGAUCCAUCUCACGGCCGCGGACUCCUAAUCCCCCUCGACCGGCUCCCCUGCAAGACCCUCGUCCUGUCGAAGGGCGACGCUCACUGGAUCCCCGAGGUCGGCCAAUCCGGUAGCUUUGCCUUCCGCUGCGAGGAUAGGAUCCUCUUCAUCGCAAAGGACAGGGUCCAGUACUACUGCUUCAUGACCGGCAAUUUACACACCCACAGUCUCAUGUCCAGCCGGCUGCCGAUCGAUCAACAUGGCACCUUCCAUUUGAACGGCCCUCUCCUGUACAUAUCUUUCCUUGCCCAGCCCAUUGGUCUGUUCCUCAGGAGCAAGACCCACCUAUUUCCCGAGCGCGGUGUCCCCGGCAGUGACCUCUUCGUAUGCAGUCAGCGGGCGUUGCUGCUCGAGAGGAAUGGUAUCACAGCAUUCGCCUUCGACUCAACCCGCUCCCCCAACACACGCACCACCUGGUCCACGGUUAGCUCGAAAUCAUGGGAUACCUUCACCCUCGACGGGCCGCUCCUAUGUGCGACAUCUCACGACACUCCGGUCGGCCUCUUCGUCGGUGGCUCCACCAUCAGCCUGCCCGAGAACCGGACCCCCGGGCACCCGGCCUUUGUCUUCCAUGACACCGUGCUCGCCCUGUUCCAGACCGGAAUCCGAAGCUUCUCCCUCAGCAUGAAGGGCCAGCCGGCCGACGGGCGUUGCUGGCUGAAGACCAGAAUCCCGGCCGAUGGGACCUUCCUUCUCAAGGGCCCGUUCCUGCACCUGUCCUCCCGGGCCGACCCCAUCGGCUUUCUCCACGACCAAGACAUCCACCAGAUGUGCCAGAAUGGCACCGCCGGCCGGGCUUUCUUCAUCCAUGGCAACACGGUCCUGCUGAAUUUCCGCGGCGACGUGUGGGAGUUCCGCUUUUCCGACUUCAAUGAGCUUCUCAAGCAAACCAUCUGGCCCGAUGUGGUGGUCACCCCGACCGACACCUUCACCCUGCAGAGGUCCUUCCUAUUUGUAUCCUCCCAGAAGUACGCCGUCGGGGUCCUGCUCAACGACCAAAUCUAUUCGUUCCCCCAGUACGGCGCAUCGGGACACGCGCUCUUCUCGGGCCCGGGUACCAUUUUGCUCAUCCACCAGAGCACCGUCUUAUCCUUCUCCAUCGACAACACCGUCGAGCUGGCACAGGGCCCGGCCUGGGCCAAAAUCCCCCCCUCGCCCGAUGCCACAUUCGUCCUGGAUGGCCCUUUCCUGCGGGUCUCCUCGCACCCGGCCCCGAUCGGGCUCUACCACGAGGACCGCCUGCUUCGGCUGCCGCCACUCGGCGCCCCUGGCCACCCCGAGUUUGUGGCCGAGAAUGCCGUGCUCAUCGCCAGCAGCAGCAGCAUCCGCUUCUUUUCCCUCGAUUCGGGCGCCUCUUCGCCCUCGGAGCUUAGCCCCGCCGGGGAGCAGCACAUCCCCCCCGGCAGCACCUUCACCCUGGAUGGGCAUUUCCUGCGCCUGCCCUCCCUCUUGGCCCCGGUCGGCCUCUUCGUCCAGGGCCAUGCCCAUCCCAUGCCCGAGGCCGGCGUCGCCGGCCACACCGUCUUCGUUGGUGCCAAGGAGAUCUUGCUCCUGCAACGACAGGGCAUCCACUCCUUCCCCAUCCACCCGUCGGGCCAGCCCACCGAGGGGGCCCCCUGGGCUCGGAUGCCCAUCCCCGCCGGCAGCACCUUCGCCCUGGAUGGGCACUUCCUGCACGUGUCCUCCCUCCCGGCCCCGGUCGGCCUCUACCACGAGGGCACCGUCUAUCCGUUGCCCAAGGUCGGCGUCCCGGGGGGCCACAUCUUCGCCGGCGCCCGAGAGACCCUCCUCCUGCGGGAAAAUGGCAUCCACUCCUUCCCGGCCAGCCAGUCCAGCCGAUUCGCCAAGGGGGUCUUCUGGGCCAAGAUGCCCAUCCCCGCCGGGAGCACCUUCACCCUGGAUGGCCAUUACCUGCGCGUGUCCUCCCUCCCGGCCCCGGUCGGCCUCUACAUCGAGGACAGUGUCUACCUGCUUCCCAAGGCCGGUGUCCCGGGCAAGAGGAUGUUCGUCCAUCGCAAGGUCGUCUUCGUCAUCUGCAAGGGCGGCGUCCGGCUUUUCCCCCUCGGGACUACCCAGCUGUACCCGGAUGGUGUGGUCCACAUCCCGUGCUCCACGUCAUACAGCUCGGCCUUCGCCCUGAAGGGGCCCUUUCUCCAUGUCACCUCGCACGAGCAGCCCCUUGCCCUGCUGUUUAAGGACAACUUCUACCACCUGCCCCCGGUCGGCCGCCCCGGAAAGCAGGUGUUCGUCGACCGCCACACCGUCUUCCUCAUCCACAAGAACAUCGUUCUCGCCUUCUGCCUCCGCCAGCCGGAGCUCGCGCCCGAGGGGACCGUCAGUUGGCUCCUCCCCGCGGGCAGCGGCGGAUGCUUCACCCUGAAUGCCCCUUUCCUGGCCGUGUCCACCUCCGACCAGCCCAUCGGCCUCCUCGUCGGCGACACCGUGCAUCUGCUUCCCCAGGACAAGCCCAUCGAGGCCCUGCUGGCCUCCCGGCGCGUGCUGGUCUCCGGUCAGCGGGUCCUCUCGCUCCACGACAACUUCCUCCUGUGCCAUGAGUACCCCUUCGGCGAGGAGCAGUGCCGGCCGGCGGCCUUCGUCUUUGCCCUGCAGCUGCCCCUCUUCCCGGCGACCCUGAGCUUCACGGCCGACUUUUUGCCCGCCCAGGACACCUGCCGGGUGCUCAUCGACGGCCAGUGGAGCAUCGUGGUGGACCUGGCCCGCGGCCGGCCGGUGGACUUCCUGCCCGGUGAUGGGCUCUUGGCCCCCUCGGACCCCCCUGCGCUGGCCCGCCCCACCGGCGGCACCGCCGCCAUCCUCCCCCGGAGCCUGGUCGUACUCGACGCCAAGCAAGGCGCCCUGGCCUUCGAGCUGCUGGUCAAAAACCGGCGGCUCCUGCCGCCCUGCGGCCCGGCCCGGCUUUUGCCCCGCUGGGCCUUCCGCCCGGCCCGCGUCUUCCCGGACCCCCAGCCGGGGGUCGUGGCCAUGGCCGCCGGCAAUGAGGUGACCCUCCUUUCCCUGGAGGGGGGCGACCUGAUCCGCGGACAUCUCCGCCUGUGUCUGUCCACCACGCAGCUGGACGACGGGUCGCUGGUGAUGCAAUUUGCCGAUGGCUACUUCGACAUGCUGUCCACCAAUCCCGUCAUGCAUGCGUCGCGACUCUUCCCCUGGCGCGACACGGCCGGCUGCCUCGACCAGAUUUGGGUCUGUCCCUGGUUCCCGCUCAGCUGGGUGGCCUACCACGCCUCGGGGGAGUUUGUCUUCCACUCGACUCUGCGCAAGCCCAACGUCACGGCCGAGCCCUGGGCCUUCGUCCCCGCCCGGCGGUCCUUCUCCCUGGGCGUGUCCACAUGGCCACGCCCGGCCGCCUGCCAGCCGGGGAUCACGCCCCCCCUCGGGGUGGCCUUCAUCCAGCACAAGGACCAGCACUAUUGCGUCCUCCUACACGGGCAGCGGCUGGCGCUCAUCCCACGGCGUGACAUCAUCCGGCUAUUCAUCGAUCCAGCGAGCCAGGAAACCCUGUCCAAGCCGCUGCUGUGUUGGAUGCAAGACAUCCGGGCUCCCGUGCAGGGGGACAUCUGCGUACCCGGACCGUCCAUCCAGCAGCGGCUCACGCACCCGACGGUGGUCCUUCGCCGAAAUAUCCCCUGGAAGUCGUCCUUCAUUGUGCAGCCCUUCACCAUGGAGAGCCUCACAACCUGCCGGACCCAGAUCCCCAUCAGGCUCUGGAGCCCGUCAUGA